UCCUCAGAGGAAUUGUUUGUUGGAGUUAGGUGAGCCGCGUGAGCAAAUCCAUGAAGGUCCUCUGUCCGUCGAAACAGUUUAGCUUUAAUUUUUACGUUUCUCGUCAACAAUGCCAUUAGGUGUUACGGAAUAUCGAAGUAUCACUCUACGCCUUUUAAACUGGACUCUUCCCGUAUGCUCGAAUCUCAUAAGUAACGUUCCUUCAAUCAAGUCGUACUAUUCAUUGAUACCCGGAUUGGUCGGAGAGUAAUAUUUGAAACGAAUAGAUUAUUUUGAUUCAUAGAUUUGAUGAUUAUGAAUCCCUGAUAUAUUUAGGGGGAAUUUCUACCUUGAAAGUGGAAUUGAUGCUGACUGGGAAUUGAAGCAGAAUUUGAAUUCCGCUAUUCUAUAGUUGCUUUUGCAAUCUAGAAGAGGAGUAGACCUGUGGGCUUAGAAGAAGAGCGGAAGGAAAAGAGAGAAAGACAGCACAGAGGUUUUUAAUGGAUAUUAAACAGUAUGUCCCAAGUCGGGUUGUAUCACCUGCCUCGAUGCCCACCAAAUUUGGAUCCAAAACAGGGUUGAAAGUUUCUCAAGGGAAAGGGAAAUGGUCCAGCUGGGCAUCCAUCUUGACCCCUUCUUCAAAGAUUUCUCCCCAUAUGCAACUAACCAGAGUUUCGGCCUCGUCCACAUUCAGUGUGGAGAAAGAUCGAUUGGAUCUCAGUCAGAACUUAACACUGGAUGCCAUCCGCAGUUCUUUGAUUCGUCAAGAAGACAGUAUUAUCUUCAAUCUUCUUGAGAGAGCACAGUACUGUUUCAAUGCCCCCGCCUAUGAUGUCAAUGCAUUUUCCAUGCCCGGAUUCAGCGGCUCACUCAUUGAAUAUAUUCUCAGAGAAACUGAACACCUUAAUGCUAAAGUUGGUAGGUAUAAAAGCCCAGAUGAGCAUCCAUUCUUUCCUCAAGGCUUACCAGAGCCUUUGCUGCCACCUCUGCGAUACCCACAGGUGUUACACCCUAUAGCUCACUCUAUCAACAUCAACGAAUCAGUUUGGAGUAUGUAUUUUGAUAGCUUGCUUCCACGAUUUGCUGCCAAGGGUGAUGAUGGAAACUAUGGGUCAACUGCAGUGUGUGAUACCUUGUGUUUGCAGGCCCUUUCCAAAAGGAUCCAUUAUGGGAAGUUUGUAGCUGAAGCCAAGUUCAGAGCCUCUCCAGAAGUAUAUGAAGUUGCAAUCCGUGCCCAGGACAAAGACCAGCUGAUGAAUUUGCUCACAUUCGAAAAUGUUGAACUGGCAGUUCAGAAAAGAGUGGAAGAAAAAGCAAAGGCAUAUGGCCAGGAGGUUAGUUUGGAUGUUACAAAAGUAAACUCGACCUACAAAAUUCAACCCUCUUUGAUUGCCAAUCUCUAUGGCGAGUGGAUCAUGCCUUUAACUAAAGAGGUUCAAGUGGCAUACCUGCUAAGAAGGCUUGACUAAAAACUAUUAGUGCUAAGUCUCUUUGUUAUAACUUUAUAUCCCAUGAAAAAAAAUCAUUUUUCAAGACAAAUAAGUCUUAUACAUAAUAAAUGUCAUCAUGCAAUAUGCCAUUCUGUUAAUAAAAGAUGUUUCUUAUGUGUCCAAACUUCAAUCAAUUGAGCAUGCCUUAAAUUGAAGCUAGAAGACCCACAGUUUUCUAUGGAGCAGACUUGGUUUGAGAAAUAUUUUGCUUUAGACUUGCAGAUUUCAGAAAUAUGUCCCCUGGGUUCUUUUAGUUGGUUGUCCCCAUGGUAGCAGAGCUUCUUAUAAGCUUUUGAAGCAUAUUGAGGACCUAAUGGAUUUUUCUUUGAUUUGGGUCUUCCCUCACUUCGUAGUAGUGGAAAGGUGUCACAUAUUCAAUCUUGUUUGUUGGAAAAGUAAAACAAGUUUUGCUGACCCGUUCUGCUUAUUGACAUGUUAUGUCAUGGCUUUGUGCUAAAUUUUAUUAGAGAUGAAUAUAUAUGGUCCCUUUGGGUGUUAUGGUU